AUGGCUAGGAGCCUAAAUUGCUGGCCAGAAAGGGCGGGUACCCGGAGGAAAGCUUUCACAGCUCUUCACCUUGACUUCAGCCGUGAUGAGCCCAAUUCUAUUAUCGACGUUGAUACAAAUCUCUUAAACAAAUCUUUCUACAGCUCUUUUUGGACUCUAAAGCUUGUCUGUUCUCCACCGGCCGAAUGGACUUUUUGUGAUAUUGAUUGUGGCUCCGGUGAUCAAGCAAUUGAUGAAGCAAAUGCAAGAGAGAACGCUAGAGAUGACAUUUUUGAAGCGCUCACCGAAUCCUACAACACACUCGGUCUGGCUCCACCUUCCAUUCAACUCAUUUAUCAUCCCAAAUCAAUCAACAUUAAUCGAGGGAAUCAUCCCCCGAAUGGACCAAUUCUUUACAUUCCUCGUCUCAUCAAUGGAACUCUUUCAAGAAUGAAUUAUGAAGUCGAGAUCACCAUCAAUGUUUUCCCGCCACUCGCCGACUUUCAUAAAAAACAAUUGGCCAACUUUAUGCUUCACAAUUUGUCUUUGAAACGAAAAGCGAAAUUUCGAGAACGGAUUUCAUUCUAU